AUGUUUGUACAUGAACAGCUAUCAAUUCAGCGCUUUCUUCAACAUGGCGGAAGAUCGUGCUGCGGAGAUGAAGGAAGAAGACAAAACGGACGAUUUGGUCGUCUUAGAUGGACAACACGAUCAUGAACCUAAGCCAGGAACAAGCGUUAGCCUGGACAGCAUGGUGACCAAGAAGAAGAACAAAAAGAGGAAGAAGAAGAAGGGAGGAGAUUCAUCUGCAGCAGCAGCAGGUGACGCAGAGAAAACAGAUGACAAUUUUCCCUUGCAGAAGUUACAGGAAGUGCAGCGAGCCCUGCAGCAGUUAUCAGUCCACCAGCAGCCCAAGAGUGUGGAUGAGGCCAGAGACAAGAAGUAUGAGUUCUGGGACACUCAACCUGUACCAAAGAUAGGAGAGGAGGUGAGAGACUAUGGUGCCAUCGAAGCAGAUAAACCACAGUCAGAAGUCCGACAGGAUCCGUACAGUCUUCCUCAGGGGUUCGAGUGGGACACACUGGACAUCAGCAAGCCUGAUGUGUUGAGUGAGCUGUAUGUUCUACUGAAUGAGAACUACGUGGAGGAUGAUGACAACAUGUUCAGGUUUGACUACUCCAAAGCUUUCCUGCUAUGGGCGUUAAAGCCCCCAGGCUGGCUACUCCAGUGGCACUGUGGUGUUCGUGUGGUCUCCAACAAGAAACUGGUGGGGUUUAUCAGUGCAGUGCCUGCCGCCAUCAGAAUAAAGGACCAUCUACAGAAGAUGGUAGAAAUCAACUUCCUUUGCGUCCACAAGAAGCUCCGAUCUAAGCGCGUAGCGCCGGUCCUGAUCCGAGAGAUCACCAGACGGGUUCACCAGCAGGGGCUGUUCCAAGCUGUGUACACGGCAGGGGUGGUGCUGCCCAGGCCGGUGGCUAAAUGCAGAUACUGGCACAGGUCUCUGAACCCCAAGAAGCUGAUAGAAGUGAAGUUUUCCCACCUGAGUCGUAACAUGACCAUGCAGAGAACCAUCAAGCUGUACAAGCUGCCAGAUGAACCGAAGACUCCCGGCCUGAGGCCCAUGGUGAAGUCAGACAUCCCCCAGGUCCACGCACUCCUCUCAGAACACCUCAAGCAGUUCAAGUUGUCUCCUGUCUUCUCUGUAGAGGAGUUUGAACACUGGUUCCUGCCCAGAGAAGGCAUCAUCGACUCUUUUGUUGUGGAGGAGGAGACAGGUGGAGAGAAGACCAUCACAGACUUCAUCAGUUUCUACACCCUCCCCUCCACCAUAAUGCACCAUCCCCAGUACAGCCAGCUGAAGGCUGCCUACUCCUUCUACAACGUCCACACCAAGCACAGUCUACUGGACAUCAUGAACGACGCACUCAUCCUCGCUAAACAGAGAGAUUUUGAUGUUUUCAAUGCGCUGGACCUGAUGCAGAACAAAGAGUUCUUGGAACAGCUGAAGUUCGGCAUAGGUGACGGCAACCUGCAGUAUUACCUGUAUAACUACAGGUGCCCAGAAAUGUCACCCAAUGACGUGGGACUGGUUUUACAAUGACAAUGUCUACAGAGCCAGUCACAUCAGUGCAGUAGCUGCAACAAUAUAGGAGUUAGACACGGAACAAGUGCAAGUUCAACUUGAUUCUGGGCAACAAGCCUUUGCUAGGACUAUAAUUAGGUUAUCAUAUACUUAAAAGGAUCUAGAAAGUACAGUAUAGGGGUGGGUACCAGUACCCUGGACUGGAAAAUCACUUUUGACUGGUAGGAAAAAAACUUCAGUGUACAGAACUGGUCCUUUGAAAAUAAACAAAGACUAUAAGUACAGGAACAAGUCUGCAUUAAAAUUUGUUCCCUACCCUUCUAUUUUUGUAACAGUCUUGUUGUUUUCCCUAGGUAUGUGAAUCAGGUCAGGAGCUAACCCAGCAACUUGAAAACUCUUUAGAACUUGACCGGUGUCUACCUAGCCUGGUUUCCGGGCUAUUAUGGUUUUGGCAGGCUCCCUUCCGGCCUGUAGAUGCUCCCAGCCUAGUUCAACUAGGUGGCGUGGAAUGUCUACAGGCCCAAAUUAGAGUGAUUAGAGGCUGCAACCAACCAAACCAUAAUAGCCUGGGCACUAGGCUUAUAUACAUAAGAUAUACUGCUAAACAUGAGGUCCAAUGACUUGACAGUUUGACUGGUGCCCACCCCUACAUGUACUACCGUACCGUGUAUUUUGAAGGAUUACACUACUCAAGAAUAAAGUUGGCUGCUACC